AUGGAAUCUCCAUUUCGCGAAGGAAAAGCCCCCUUUCAGUAUGUGCAUCUUUCUGAGCCUGCUCAGACAUGGUACCGCGUGUACGGAGACAUCACGGUCAGCACCCCUUUGGUGGUGCUGCAUGGAGGACCAGGGUUCUGCCACAAUUACCUGCUUCCCCUCGCCGAUCUAGCUCCCAAACGUGCGGUCAUCUUGUAUGACCAGAUUGGAAACGGGCUGUCCACGCACCUUCCAGAAAAACGUGGCGAUCAGGCUUUCUGGACGGUCGAUUUGUUUGUGGCAGAAUUGGAAAAUCUGCUCACCCACCUGGACAUUACGGGUAACUUUGAUCUGCUCGGUCAUUCUUGGGGUGGGAUGCUUGGGGCCGAGUUUGCCAUCCGUCGACCGGCCGGGCUGCGACGCCUGGUUCUUUCCAACGCCCCGGCCUCGGUGUCGCUGUGGCUGGAGGCUGUCAAUCGGCUCCGUGCCACGUUGCCUCCGGAAGUCCAGGCAACGCUCAAGCGAUGCGAAGACGAGGGGCAGCUUGACUCGAAGGAGUAUGAAAAUGCCACGAUGGCUUUUCUGGCACAGUUCUCGUGCCGGGUGGACCCCUGGCCGCAGGACUUCGUGGACAGUAUCGUUUGGGCCACGGAGACGGAUUCGACCGUUGCGUCUACUAUGCUCGGACCUUCGGAAUUUUGGAUUGAAGGUAACCUCAAGGACUGGAGCGUGCUGGAUCGACUUCGGACCAUUCAGGUUCCCACAAUGCUGAUCAAUGGGAAGUAUGACGAAGCACAAGAUAGUGCAGUCGAGCCGUUCUUCUGGGGAAUUGACAAAGUCAAAUGGAUCACUUUGUCUGGAAGCUCUCACUGUCCUCAAUUUGACGAACGGCAGGAGUAUCUCGAGGUUAUCGAUCGCUUUUUGGCUUCAUCGUAG